AUGCCCAAGAUCGUUCGCUUCCAUCAGCUUGGCGGCCCUGAAAACCUCCAGUUCAACGACCUGCCCACACAGCAACCCGCCGAGGGCGAGGUCAGGCUCCAAGUGAAGGCCGUCGGCCUGAACCGAGCCGAGUCCAUGUUUUACCAUGGCCAAUACCUCCUGAACCCCACCCUGCCCUCGCGACUGGGGUAUGAAGCCGCUGGGAUCGUCGACGCCGUCGGCCCUGGCGUGGACAAGAGCUGGAUCGGCAAGCGGGUAUCCACGAUCCCCGCCUUCUUGCUCACCGAGUACGGCGUGCUGGGCGAAGAGGCCAUCGUGCCGGUAACGGCGCUGGGCGAAUACCCCGAGAAGCUCUCCUUCGCCGCCGGCUCGGCCAUCUGGAUGCAAUACCUCACCGCCUGGGGAGCUCUCGUCCACUUCGGCCUCGUCGCCGCGGGCGACUUCGUGGUGAUCACGGCCUCCUCCAGCAGCGUUGGUCUGGCCGCGAUCCAGAUCGCGAAAGACGCUGGCGCCGUCACUAUCGCCACCACGCGCGGUUCGAAGAAGCGCAAUGAUCUGCUUGCCCUGGGCGCAGAUCACGUCAUCGCCACCGACGAGGAGGACCUCGCGGCCGAGGUGAAGGAGAUCACGGCGGGCAAGGGCGCCCGGAUCAUCUUCGAUCCCAUUGGAGGGCCCUUUAUCGAGAAACUCGCGGAGGCCGCCGCUCCCGAUGGCAUCAUCUUUGAAUACGGAGCGCUCUCCCCGCAUCCGACCCCGUUCCCGCUCUUUCCCGCACUGGGCAAGGGUCUCACCUUCCGCGGCUACACCCUGUGGGAGGUCACAAGGAGGGAUCCUCGGCUCCUCGACGGCGCCAAGAAGUACAUCUAUGACCGCCUUGCCGAUGGCCGGUUCAGCCCCAAGAUCGCCAAGACCUUCCCCUUCGCGCAGACCGUCGAGGCCUAUCAAUACUUGGAAUCCAACGAGCAGAUCGGCAAAGUGGUCAUCUCGCUGGAAUAG